AACAAUAUAACCAAUAUAUAUAAAUAAAUAUAUUUCUAGUGAGAAAUAUACAUUUUAUAUAUAUCUAUUUUUUCUUUUUUAUCGCAUUAAUAUAAUAAAUUAUAAAUAAAGUGAAGUGCAUUUUCGAAAGUGUGAAAAGAGAAAAGAAAACUUGGAAGAUAAAAGAAAGAAAGAAAGAGAGAUAGAGAGAAAAAUAGAAGUGAAGAGAAAGGAAAAAAGAAGGACGCAACAUUAGAGAGAGAAAGUGUGGUUCGAAAAAACGAUUGGAAGUGUACGUGAGAGAGGCAAAAAGAGAGAAAGGAAGAAGUUAAGAGAGAAAGAGAAAAAGAGAAAGAAAGAGAGAGAGAGAGAGAGAGAGAGAGAGAGAGAGAGAGAGAGAGAGAGAGAGAGCUUGCGACCAACUUCGGGUAAUUCAGAAAAGAUCCUUGCACGAGAGUGCGAUUUUUAUCUUUCGCUCGCCUUCGUUAACCUCCCCACGCAAAAGCUGUUCUUUUGUUAGUGAGCUUUUUUUUUGGGUGUUACAAAAAAAAAAAAGAUAGAAAAAGAAAGCAGAUCAUAGAAGCAGAGAGAAGUGAUUUAAUCUUUUCCCCCACUCCUGCUUUAUAUAGUACGAGGAAGAACGAUCUAGAAAAUUUCGCGAACGAACGAGUGAGAGAGAGAGAGAGAGAGAGAGAAAGAGGACGAAAUUUAUAAUAAAAAAAAAAAUUCAAUAAAAGUAAAAGAAUAAAAGUAAUUUAGAGAAAAUGGAUUCGCCCGUCAUCGUGGACUCAGCAUCCAAAUUCGGACGAGGGAUCGAUCUGGACCGCUCGUUCCCUGGCUUUCCAUUCGACGACGACGACGAUUUUGGUCGACGUACUGACAUACGAGCACAUUUGGACGACCUAGCGGCUCGACACCCAGAGUUUGCAGAUCAUCUUUUAGGACCUCCUUGGGGUGAUAUACCAUUCCGAGGAUCUACGCAUAAUAAUCAACGUCGAGGUUCAGGGAACGGAGGUAGCAGUAGUAGUUAUCCAAAUUAUCCAGACGAGGACGCCAGGAGUCAAGCUAGUGGUAGUAGUGCUGCUAGCGCCGCAAGUGGUGCAAGUGGCGUUAGUUCGCACGGUGAACCAGAGUCUUCAUCAUCUGCUCGUUCACAAAAUCAGCAAUAUAAACAGUCGCAUAGGGAAGAUAGAAGAAAUCCUAUUCCGCAAUACGGUUUACGCAAUACCGUUGACAUCGGCCAACAUCAUCGCGACAAUAUGGAGAAUUCUGAGAAGGAUGCUCGUGGACAACGUUCGAUGUCAGCGCCACCAGAGAACAGACAACAAACGAAUGUUCAGCAAGGCUCGUAUGAGCAAGAUAAACCUCAGCAACAGCCUGGACAACGUUUCGUUUCUAGAGUCGACAUAACGCCACAGCACAAUCAGCAAUCUUCUCCUUCUCAGCAACAGUCAUCGCCGCCACCACCACCACCUCCAACUCAGCAACCACAAAGCAACGUUAGGCAUAUACCAAUAUUUGUAGAAGGUCGUGACGAGCCAGUUAUCUCGAAGAAUACUCAUGCGCCCUUCCAAAGACAACAAUCGCCACCGCAGUUUCAAAAUUCACCACAUUUUUCCAAGUCGUCUCCUUUCAAUCUAGGUUUCGGGUCUAGACAAUGGCGACCACAUUUCCAAGAAUCUUUCUAUCAGCCACACCCAUCUUUCGAUCAUUCUCCGACACGCCGUGCUCAGCAAUCACCGAAUUAUCAACAACCUAAACAACCACAGCAAUUUACCGAGAAACAAUGGCACGAGCAACAACCUCAAAGACAUCAUCAAUUCGAGUCUCAACCACAAGAACAUCAUCAGUCUCGGCAGAGAGCGCAUCAGCAACAGGAACCAAAGCAAUAUCCGCAGCAACAAACAGCUGGUCAACAAGCGCAACAAGAGGCAUCUAAACCUGUACCAAAACCUGCACCACCCAAAGAUCCUCUCGAGAGAGUAGCUUUGGUACAAAAAGAAGUAGAUUCUCUUGCUGAACAAGUCAAACAGUAUACCGGAAACUCUCGCAAGGAUAAACAAUAUAUUUUCUUGGACGAGAUGUUAACAAGAGAAUUGAUCAAAUUGGAUGACAUAGAAACAGAAGGACGAGAAAAUGUUCGUCAAGCUCGUAAAAAUGCUAUCAAAACUAUACAGGAGACGAUAAGUCUAUUGGAAUCUAAGGCACCUUUACCUGGACAAGAACAAUUCCAAAAAGACCAAUCCCAAACUAUGCAAAUGGAAGAAUGUCAAGAACAAGAGCAAGAAAGUCGUCAAUCGAACGAAGCGAUGGAUGUUGAACAAAACAACGAACAGAACGUACAAGCCAACGAGCCAAUCCCAUUGCCUCCUGGACCUUCCUCGCCAAAAGCUACUUCUGAAACUAAUGAAACUGCUACCGCAGUAACUCAAGAUGAACAACAAAAUGUAUCGAUUGAAAAUCAGUCGAUGAAACAGGGACAGGAAGUUCCAGCUGUUCAGGAACAACAACAACAACAACAAGAACAGCAGCAGGAGGAGAUUGGAAUUGUCGGCGAUAAAUCGUCGAACGAAAACACGAAUAAUAUUACUGAAGUGACGACGCAAAUUGAUUCGUCUACCCCAAUGGAAGUACAAGAGAAAGUAGAAAGUGUCGUUGAGGAAAAGAAAGACGAGAAUCAAAAUGUAUCGCAUGAAAUCAAAUUGGACAAUGACGAACAAAAGCCGAUGGACAAUGAAAAACAAAUUUCGGAUAGUCAGGAAAAGACUAAGGUCGACAAAGGAACGAGUAAAUCACUUUUGUCACCAAAAACAGUUAAGAAAGCAAAGAAACAAGUUAAGCCUAUAUCAGAAAAACCGAUACCUUUGCCACCUCCGCAAAGUACGGAAGCGAAUGCCAAGUAAGGAGAAGUAAGAGGAAGGACGUGGGUCGUCAUGUUGUUUUUCUUUUUGUAAAUCAUAUUUUGUUCGUCGGCAAUCAGAUGGCGCUAAAGUCGCAUAUACCCCCCUCCACCGAACAGGAUUCUACAUCUUAGAAAUCACUUUUGCGACUUUCCGCCAUUUUAUCCUUUUUCUUUCUUUUCUCUUUUUUUUUUUUUUUUAUAGCAAGAGUUCGAUUUAGGGUUGGACUAAUGAUCGUCGUGAAUCCUGCUGAUAACGACGAAUAUACGAAUCUGUAUAACACGUUUUACACGUUGAUAUAUUUUUUCUCCGGUUCAUUUUUACCUUUAUUGUCCUUCGAUGAACAGAAAUAAUAAUAAUAAUAAUAAUAAUAGUAAUAAUAAUAAUCUUCCAAGUACAUAAACUUUUUUUUAUGAAAUUUUCUUCCGCCAUGAUGCACAAUGUUUCUCGAAGGACUCGACUUAUUAUUAUCAGCGUGUGUUUGUGUGU